AUGGACUUGCGCUCAGAACUGCUCAAGUCCAUUUGGUAUGCUUUCACAGCUCUGGAUGUGGAGAAGAGUGGAAAGGUUUCCAAGUCUCAACUCAAGGUCUUAUCUCAUAAUCUGUACACAGUUUUGAAAAUCCCGCAUGAAGCGGCGGCUCUUGAGGAACAUUUCAGAGAUGAUGACGAUGGUCCCGUGUCCAGCCAGGGGUACAUGCCCUACCUCAACAAAUACAUCCUGGACAAGGUGGUGGAAGGCACGUUUGUCAAAGAGAAUGUGGAUGAGCUCUGCUGGACUCUUACUGCCAGAAGAAACUAUCGACCCGAGGGAAAGAGUAUUUUACCUGCUAAAGACGCCUUCCGCCUCUGGUGCCUGUUCAUAUUUCUCUCGGAGGACCGAUAUCCUCUGGUCAUGAUCCCUGAUGAGGUUGAAUAUUUGCUCAAAAAGUUCUGCAUGGCCAUGAGUGUUGAGCUAAACUAUGUAGAACUGGAGGACUUCAUUUCCCAAGAUUCUGUUCAGCAGAAUGGCUUCACUGUGUGGACAUUUUUGGAAAUGAUGAAUUCUGGGAAACUCACGCGGAGCAUUGCCAAAGAAACCAUCAGCAUGGCUAUUGAGGAGGUGUAUCGGGAAAUAGUGGGCGAUGUGCUGAAAGAGGGAUACCUGUGGAAGAAAGGUCAGCUGAGGAGAAACUGGACAGAGCGCUGGUUCACCCUGAGACCCAGCACUUUAUUAUACUUCACCAGCGAAGACCGCAAGGACCACAAAGGCAACAUUCAACUGGAUGGAAACUGUUGUGUAGAGGUUCUUCCUGACAGAGAUGGGAAGAGGUGUAUGUUCUGUCUAAAGACGCUCACCAAGACUUAUGAACUCAGCGCAUCAGACACCAAACAGAGGCAGGAGUGGACUACAGCUAUCCAAACUGCAAUCCGGCUGUAUGUGGAGGGUAAAACAUCUCUUCAUAAGGACCUGAAGCUGAAACGCCGUGAUCAACGGGAACAGAGGGAGAAGAGACGGGAGGCGAAGGAGCAGGAGCUGCAGCGUUUACGGGCCUUGCAGGAGGAGCGGGAGAGGAAGAUGGCAGAGCUUGAGCUGCUGAAGGAGGCGCAGAGGCAAGCGCAGGCCAUGCUGGAGCAAGACGAACAGCGCAGGCGACAACAACACGAACUGCUUCAUCAGGCCCUGGAGAUCCAGCUCAAAGAGGCUGAGGAGGCACGAGCGAGCAUGCAGGCAGAGAUGGCGCUAAAGGAGGCUGAAGCUGAAAAACAGAGAACGCGUAUCAGAGAACUGGAAGCCAUGCAGCAGCGGCUAGAGGAUGCGUUACAGCAGGAAAUCAAAGCUAGACAGGACGAAGAAGCCUUCCGCUACGCACAAGCUCGAUUACUGGCUGAGGAGGAAGAGAAGAUGAAGGCUCUUAUGGGUCUCCGUGAGGAGCAGGAGGAGUAUAUCCAGCGGGCCCAGCGGGAGAAACAAGAGCUCCGACAAGAGAUGGAAAGCAAAUCUCGGGCUCUGGAGGAGGCACAGAGGCAGCUGGAGGAGACAAGGGCCAAUCGCUACAGAGUAGACCAAGAUGUUGUGGCUGCUCAAAGGAAGCUUCGUCAGGCCAGCACCAACGUUAAACACUGGAACGUUCAGAUGAACAGAUUAAUGCAUCCCAUUGGACCAGGAGGUAUGCAUAAAAGCGUUCCUCGGGUGGAUCUUUCUCCAGCUUUCGCAUCCCAUCACAGAAAGAUCCAGCACUGCGUCAGAAGCAGAAAUCAGAGGAGCAGGACGAGGAAAGCAAAGAAAACAUGGAAAGCAGAGGAGGGUGUGAAUCAGACAGGCGCUUGUCUACAAACGGACAAAUGGAAAUACCUUAACCUCAGAAGGAAAAAAAAUCUUGCUUUCUCACUGCUAAGACUGAUUUGAAUGAAAGGAAGUUGUUUUUGAAAGGCACCAAGAUCUCAGUCGUGAUGCUUUUUAAUACUGUCAUUGUUAAUAUUCCGUUUUUAUAAACUUCAUUAAGUGAAACGUGUUGUACUGUAGUUGUUAAAUAAUUAUCUGAUUGACUCCUGAGUUUCUUGUCUAGAGUAAGAUGU